ACUCCCUAGACAGGGAAAAAUAAUCUCUAGGUAAACAUCUGUGAAAAGAAGACACGCGAUGGAAAGCGUAAAUAUUUACAUUUCUUGAGUGUUUGCGGGAGUAAUUUUUAUUUAUAAUCAUGAUAGACGGAAAUAUUUCCAUGGAGGAGGACACAGAAUUACGAGAUUUGGUGGUGCAAACCCUUGAGAAUAAUGGUGUUCUUGCAAAAGUGCGGGCAGAACUCAGGGCAAGUGUGUUUUUAGCAUUAGAAGAACAAGAAUCAGUAAUGAAUCCAGAACCACUCCUCAAUAAAACUGUAAAGCAGUACCUGGCUAAUUCAGAAGGAAAAUUAUUGUUUUCCUUGGUUAGGGAGUUCCUAGAAUAUUUUGGUCUUGAUUAUACGAUAUCUGUAUAUGAUCCAGAGACAUACUUUGGAAAAGAAUAUAAUUAUGUUGGAAGAAAUAAAUUAUGUGAAGAAUUAGGUAUUGAAUCCAAUGAACCGUUACUUGGAGAAAUUUUAAAAAAUAGCAUGAACAGUGCCUUUAAUAAUUUACAGAAGAAUGAAACUAAUAAUAGCAGGCUUAAUACAACUGAUGAAACUUCAACAAACAUUGCUAAUGCAACAUUUGAAAUUUCCAUUCCAAAAGUAUUACACAAUGAAACUGUGUCAUUGUCAAAUAAUAAUGAUAUUUCGGAUAAAUUGGAUAGUGCUUUGCAACAAAGUCCAAAACUUCCAAUAAAUGUGACAAUAAAGGAUAAGAAAAGUAAAGAAACAUCUCUCGAUGAUGUUUCAAUGGACGAUUCAAAUUAUGAAAAACAAAAUAAUUCUCUCAGAAAGAGUACCACUUCUGAAAGCACAGAAAAUAAUGAUGGAAUUGAUAGCAAAGGGAACAAUAAUAUGCAUUUUGAUACACUCUCUACAAGUCCAAAUGGCACAACUACAGUGAUGAAUCAUAUAACAAAGGAGACUGAAAUAAAUAUGCCCAUCCAAACAAAUUUACUAAAUAAAACCGAGCCUUUAAUUAAGUUUGACGAAUCUAUAGUUACUGAAAUGCAAACAAAUCAAAAUGAAGAUAUAAGUAAGCAAAAUAAUAUAAAUAGUUUCAAAUUACAAAUAGCGAAUAACGUACAAAAUAAAAAGUCAGUUAAUAUUGGAAACAGUUUUGGAAAAACUGUAUACUUUGAAGAAAUUAUUGUUGAUGGAAAAAAAGAAAAUAUUAAUGCUAUACAUGAUACUGAAUCCUUUUUACAAGAUUUACCAUCUUUAGAUAAAAAAUCUCAUUCUAUACUUAGCGAUCUCCCACCAUUAAAUGGUAAAAAGACUAAUAUUAAUGAUCUGAAAGAAUUGAUGGAUAUCGGACUUGGAACUGACGGUAUUGAUAAUUAUGAAGAAGAUUUCAUUUCAUCUGCAUCUGGCAGUGCUUAUGAUCAAAGUCCUUCUAAAGAACCUGAAAAAACUGACAGUCCUAUAAAACUUAAAAUAAAGAAACAAGAUAAAACUCUGAGUGCUCAUAGUGAUGAUAUCAGUGAAGAAAUUGAAGAAAUUGAUGACAUAUUAAGCAGCACUUCAUGUCUUGAGGACAUAAAUAUGGAUAAAAAUAUAUCAAAUUUUGCAACGGGUAUUACAGCUAAUUGUGCAAAAGAACUAUAAUCGUAAAUCACAUCACUACAGAUCUUACCUUCUGCAAGAAUCUUAAGAUGUUACUUUUUUUUUUUAUAGCAUUGACAUUUGAUAUCCUGUGGUAGGGUAUAAAGCAUGUUUAUGCGAAUUACUAUGGAUUCACAAACUUGCAAAGUUAUUUUGGUUUCUGACGUGGCACUGCCAUUUAUGGCUCAAUACAAGUUUUUCUUCAAAAAACGUAGAAGGGAAAUGUCUGAAUUUAUAUCCGUACAUGUUAUUCACUACUUUACAUAAAUUCAACAGAAACAUAUUUUUGUAUAAAUCAUAAAGUUUAUCAUAGCAGUAUUUAAAAAUCACAGCCUUUGAAUGAACAUUCUGGAUUUAGUAUUAUAUUAGUUGUCGUAUAAAGGACUAAAGUGUUUUGACUGCUUACAAAAAAAGAUAUAGAGAUGUUAUUAAUAUAGACUAAAUUUUGAAAAACAAACUGAACUGCCAUUGUCUGUUACUAUUAUUGCAAUAAGGUGUAAUAUUAUAUCUUUUGCGGAUCUAAGUAUUAAAAAUAGAAAUCAUCUGAAGGUUCCAAGAAAAAGCUUAUAUGAAGCUUUAUAAACAUAUUUAUAAUUCUGUAACUUAGUAACGAGUAAUUGCAAUUAAAAUAUUGCAUCAUUGCCAGA